AUGUCCGCGCUGCGAACUCUGCUGCUGCUGCUGCUGCCUCUGCGUCCCGGUCCUGGUCCUGGACCCGGGAGCGAGGCAAAGGUCGUCCGGAGUUGCACUGAGACCCGGCAAAUUCUGGGUUCCCGGGGAUAUAGCUUAAGCCUACUCCCUCCCGCCCUGAUCUCAGGUGAGCACCUCCGGAUCUGUCCCCAAGAAUAUACUUGCUGUUCCAGUGAAAUAGAGGAGAGGCUGACCUGGGACACCGAGGCUACUUUCCGAAGCCUGGUGGAGGAGAAUGGCUCCUUCCUGGUUCACACACUGGCUUCCCGGCAUAGAGCAUUUGAUGAGGUUUUUCGGGAGGUGCUCUCCUCAGCCGAGCACUCCCUGGCCGUGCUCUUCACCCGCUCCUAUGGUCGCCUCUAUUCCCAGCAUACCCCCUUAUUCAGCGGCCUGUUCUCGCGGCUGCGGGACUACUAUGAGAAGUCUGGUGAGGGGUUAGAUGACGCCCUGGUGGAUUUCUGGACGCAGGUCCUGGAGAGAAUGUUCCCCCUGCUGCACCCACAGUACAUCUUCUCCCCUGAAUACCUGUUCUGCAUCACUCGCCUUGCCUCCUCCGCUGAUGACUCUCUGAAGCCUUUCGGGGACUCGCCCCGCCGCCUCCGCCUGCAGCUAACCCGGGCCAUGGUGGCUGCCCGGGCCUUUAUCAAGGGCUUGGAGACUGGAAGAGAUGUGGUCAGCGAAGCACUUAAGGUCCCCCUGUCCGAAGGCUGCAGGCGGGCCGUAAUGCGUCUGACUGGCUGCCCCUUUUGCCGGGGGGUCCCCCUGCUGCCGCCGUGCCGGGGCUUCUGCCUCAACGUGGCCCAUGGCUGUCUCAGCGGCCGGGGCCUGGACCCUGACUGGGGGGCCUAUCUGGACGGACUCCUGUUCCUGGCUGAGAAGAUCCAGGGCCCCUUUUCCUUUGAGCUGGCAGCUCAGGCCAUUGGGGUGAAGAUCUCGGAAGGUUUGAUGUACCUGCAGGAAAACAGUGUAGGGGUGUCCACCAAGGUGUUUCAGGAAUGUGGCGUCCCCCCCAAGGCCAUGGUCCGUGCCCACCGAGCCCUGGCACCCAGAGAAGAAGUGGGCCGGUUCCGGACCGCGGCCGCAGGAGCGGAGGAGGAGCAGCCCACCACAGCUGCCGGCAACAGCCUGCCCCGGAUGGUGUGGGAGCUCCGCGAGCGGCUGGACCGAGUCCGGGGCUUCUGGGCCGGGCUGCCCCUGGCGGUGUGCGGGGACUCCCGCAUGGCAUUGGACAUCACGCAGGAAGCGGCGCCCUGCUGGACCGGAACCGGGCGGGGCCGGUACCUGUUGCCGGUAGUCGGAGGGCCCCUGGCCAAGCAGCUCAACAAUCCAGAGGUGGACGUGGAAGCCUCAAACCCCGACCUCCGGACUCGCAUACGGCGGCUGCAACUCCGGUCCGCUACCAUGAGGAUGAGGGCAGCUGCCCAGGGACGCGACCUAGAUCUGGAGGACUGGGAGGAGGAUGCCAGUGGCUCUGGAGAAGGACACUAUGCAGAUGACUGGAUGGCCGGGGCAGCGGCUGUGGCCCCCCCAGCCCGGCCUCCUCGUCCUCCUGGCCGCAAAGGAGGUUUCAUCAUCCGCCAGAACCAGGGCAGGAGCAGGACUGGGAGGGCAUCACUUGGUUUUCACACUCAACCCAUUCUCAUUCUCCUCCUCUCAGCCCUGGCCCUGCUUGGACCUCGAUAA